UUUGUGCUGGCCAUCUCGAAGAUUUGUUCCCAUUAUUUCAUUUUGUGUUCACUGCCGACUACCAAAAGUAUAAAAAGUUAGUAGAAUAACAGGUUACACUUCAAAUAUUCAGCAUUUUAUACCAGUGUCAAUUUACAGGGAGACCAUGACAUAAUUAUCAAGAUAUGAGAAAAGGUCAUUAACUCUAUGAGCACUUGGAGUAGACAAUUACAGCAAGAAAUCAGCAGAUACCAUUGGAGUCUGAACAAGAAACUUUACAAGUAGUUGCCAUGCUGAUUUUGAAGAGUAUGGAGGAUUUAUACCUGUAAUUUACACCUGGACAGGUAAAAAUUCAGGUCAGCUAAAGUGUAGUUUUUUAUUGUGAUAAUGGAUAAAUAACUAUGGAAACAGAAUUUCUUCCAUCAAAUAUGGAGUAUGUGGAAGGGGAACUAGAGGAAAUAGAUGCAAGUCCAGAGUUUGAAGGAGAUGAAACCAUUAGUCUUUCAGACAUUCUGUCGUCAAGAGAUUUCUGCUUGUCCGAGGAAGAGUUAUGGGCCUUGUGUCGCGAAUGUUGCCUUGUACUGGAUGUUGUAAAGAGUUCACCAGAAAUGUUCCAAACAUUGUGCAUUACACCAGACACCGUAGCUUUUGAUGGGUCUGGUAACGUCUGCUUUUUAGACUUGGAAACAGAACCAGAACAGUUGUACAUACCUCCAGAAUAUGAACACAACGAACAGUCUUACAAGUCUCAUCUGUUUUCUCUUGGGAUGACACUACUGUAUGCAGCAGAAUAUAAUGGGGAACCAGGUCGUCCAGAAAUCACAGCAGAACUAAGACAGUUAUUUGGUUACAUGACAUCAGAGAAACCAAGUGACAGACCGGAUUUAGAAUCUCUUAUAAAUCAAUGUGAAGAGGAACUUGUUGGAAAAUCUUCAGCAGAUAUUUGUUGUAAGAUUGGAUCAUUUACAGCACAUUUUUCUCCAGCGCCUGAUGGACAUUCAUCAAGUUUAGCAGAUGUAACUGCAGGUUUAGCGAACUAUUUACAAAGCCAGUCAAAAUUGUUACCCGAUUCAUCAGCGUUGAACAUCACUGAUCCACAGCAGCAUUCUACACCUGCUGUGUCACCUGACAUAGUGUCGUCUGCUAAUGCAGAAGAGGACAUGGCACUUCGUGGAAAUUACACAGGGAUACCAACGGCAACUGGGAACUUAAAACAGUCAUCUCCACAUAACAGGAAAAAUAAAAAUAGAACUUUAAGUGGUGAAAAUGAGAAUGACAAUAUUGGAUUUAAACCUCCUAUUCCUAGGAAACCAGAUCUUAAAAAACAGCAGGAUAAUGAUUCGGGAGUGAUUGAUAUGGAUUUAUCAAAUAAUAAUGAUAAUAAUAAUGAAAAUAUGUCUAAAUUUAAACCUGUGCCUCAAAAACGGAAACAUUCUGAUUCUGUUCAAACCAUCAAAGAUAAGUCAGAUUCCUGUAAAUCAGAAAAGACAAAUAAAACAAAGAAACGUCAGGGUUAUACAAUUACUGAGAUCUUAGAGACAAUAGAUAGGAAUAUAUCAGAAGAGGAACUGUGGGCUGUUUGUAAAGAAGGGGCUUACUCUCUACAGAGGAAAAAGAAACAUCUACCUGCAUACCUGUCUUUAGACACACUACUUGUACGAGAUAAUGGGAGUAUAUCCUUCAGAGCCAUACCUGAGGAUAAACCAUUGGAGGUUAUGUUUAUGUCACCUGAAUUACAACAGAAAGGAGAACUUUCAGAGAAGGCUUGUUUGUAUGGACUUGGGACUACCUUGAGGUGUACAGGAGGAGCCAAACAUUCAUCAGUAGCCUCCCUUGGUAUUUCUUCAGAGUUGAAGGAGUUACUAUCUCAGUUAGUUCAUCCAGACAUGACACAGAGGCCCAGUAUAGAGGACACUUUAGAGAUAUGUGGCAUCCAUGAUGGUAGAACAGGGGAAUCUUCUGCAUUGAUAUUACAACAACUCUUCCAGGAUACACAACUAAGACUGAUUGAACAAGAAGAAAAUUCUAACAAACAUGAAGAAACACCGGAGAUUGACAUGGGAUCAGCUUUUAGACCAAUCAAAACUACUGUGGAGUCAGCUUUUGUUCCAAAGAAACCUGUUCCAGUAAAACCUGAUGAACCUUCCAAGACCAUUCCAACUGCUUACAGAUCAACAGCAACUCAUUUCAAGCCUAUUGUUUUACAUAGAACUGAAACACCAGUAGAAAAGAAAGAAGUCAGAAAGGAAAAAAGUCCUACCAAUGAUUGUCAACCAAGUGAAAAGGACAAAGAGGUUGUGAAAAAAUUAAAAGAAUUGAAAAAGAAUUUGAUGAAACAUAGACAACCUUCUGGUGGAAAAGAUGAUGAAGCUGAGCCUGGGUCACCACCUCGGUCACCAAAACCAAAAUCUAAACAGUAUCAUAGUCCCAAAAAAUCAUCAACACAGAAAUCGUCAAAUGAUGAUAGUCAUGAGGAUAAAUCUAAUAAGAAAGAUGGCAUGGGAGCGUUGGAAAAUUUAUUGUCUGAAGUUCAGAAACGAGGCACACAAGUGGAUACAGAUACUUUGGCGUCUGCUAUUGCUCAGCAUUUACAAAAUUUUAUGGGUAAAUCAGAACAAAAACCGUCACAGGUUGAUACAGCAGACUGGGUUCAGAAUCAGAAUAAUCAGUUUAUGGCACCACAAAUGCCGCCACCACAGAUGUGGCCAAAUUUAAAUAUUCCAUCACAAUAUCAGCAACAUGUAGUAGGACAAACUGUGACCUUACCACAGUAUGGAGGUGGAAUGGUACCAGGGGGUUACCCGAUGCAGGUUCAAUUGCAACAGGAUCCAAGAACUGGGUUUGUGCAGUUGGUACCCGUUGGAAUGCCUGUGCCAUUUCCUCAGCCAACAGUAAAUGAUUAUGGAUAUUUAUCAGAUUCUGCCAAAAGUCAGAAAAUGCAUGGAAACUUCACUGUGUUAAAUCAAUCUCCUUUAAAUACAAGUGGUGAUAUGGAUAGUUCACCAAAUGCUAGUAGGUCGGGGAGACCUGGAAGAGCAGCUAAAAAUCUAUUACAAAAAACUGCAAACAUGAGAGCUAAGAAUACAGGGAGAGUUCAUAGUGCUCGACAUGUAGAUCAUUCAGCAGAAACUAGCAAUCUAUGGAGAUCUAAAUCUGCACAUAUGAUUAAUGAUGAACACUUUCAUUCAGAUGGUGAAGCCAUAAAAAGACAUUCUAGUCAUCUGUCAGCAUUUGAGAUCAAACCUGGAUCUUAUGAUGAUACUGUUCUUCACAGGGGCAAUCAUCAAAACAUUCAGUUUGACUCAUUACAACGUUCUAGCAAUCAACACAUACCUCAUAAACAAUCAGGGGCAGAUAAUCAGGUGUUAAUGCAGCCACCGAUUUCUGAAUCCCAGUCAUCGUCUCCGUCUGCAUCUAAAGAUAGUGGUAUUAGUAGUGUAAAUGGUGCUUAUAAACCUCCUGCCGCAGGAAGUAUGGUUGAACGAUUAUUGAAUAACGUCCACAGUUCACAACAAGAGAAAUUAGGACGUGUUAUUCACUUGUUAAGGGAGGAGUUUGCAUUUGAUGGGUAUAUGGAAAAUGGUGUGGAGGAUUUAGCCACUGCGGAAUAUAUAGCUUCUUUAGGGAAUCUUAAGUGGGAAACAUUUGCUAGUGCAAUAACUGAGAAAUACUGUGACAUUUAUUGGGCACCAGAUUUGUUGAUGAGUCUGUAUGAUUCAGUCAAUGCAUCUAACAGAUCACCUCAGGUUCAGCCUACUGUCUUAGAACCCUCUGUUCAGGUUCAAAACCAAAGAGAUCUUCCUAGUCAAAGACCAUUGUCACUUCAUCAACGACUACAUCAGCCGGAAACAUCAGAUUCCACAGACAAUGAAAAUUACGAAAGGAGGCGUAGACCUCGUCGUAAACAUCAUCACGACAAAUCUAAAAAUUCAUCAUUUAAUAAUGUGUCUGAACAAAAUGUGCCAAAUAAUAUUGAUAGGCUUAGUGAUGAUACCUUAGUAUCAGAUAAUUCUAAUGAUAAACUUAGGGAAAGGGAGGUAACUCCAAACCGUGAUGUUAGUAAGAAUAAUAUUCCAAUGGAAAAUAAUAGUGUGCGGACAUUAGGAAAUAAUUCUGAUAGGACAUUAGGAAAUAAUUCUGAUAGGACAUUGGGAAAUAAUUCUGAUAGGACAUUGGGAAAUAAUUCUGAUAGUCAACGAAGUUAUCGUUCACAUGAGUCAACAGAAGAAAGCAACAAAUCGGAUAGUCAAACGGAAAAAUCAGAACAUGGGAUUUAUCGUAAAAAUAAAAAAACAAAUCAAAAUCGUGUGUUUUCUGCUGAUAGUGGAAUGUUAAGUAAGGGAAGUAAUUUGACUCGGCAUCUUUCUCAAUUAUCAUUAGUGGAUAACGUACGAACAGAGAUACCACUUCAUACAAGGAAAUGUAAUGUUGUUUACCAUUAUGCCACAAUGCAGUUGAAUUUUUCACCAGAUAUGGAAAAAUUCGUUCAGAGUAUAGAUGAGGAAAAUGCCAGUUCAUUGCAGUCAGAGUUGUCUGCCCUAGAGCAGCAAGUAAUGAUGGAGAAAAGACAGAAAAAGAAAACAGAAAACUUUUACUUUAAGCUGACAGAAAGUUCAAAAUCUGAUAAAGGUGAACAGAAAUCAACAUUACUGCAAGUUUGUAAAGAUUUAGAUGAAAUGGCUGCAAAAAUACAUUUCUUACAACUUUGUCAAACACAUUUACAGAUGUCAGUAACUGAGUUAUCUAGUAUUCAUCCAACCUAUUUGUACUCAGUGGUAACAUGUGAUCCUGACCAGCCCCUUAAACUAAAACCUUGCCAGGACAACCCCUUACUCCAAUUCCAGAUCUUACGGGAACCACAGACAGGCUGUGAGAUACAGGCUUUACAUGCAGGAAUGACAGAUGGUCUCAUGUCAUAUCUCUUCUCAUCGACUGCGUUAAGUUUUGGAUAUAUCCACCAGUAUUUAUUUUGUUUCCGAUAUUUUGUAUCACAGACAGAUGUUAUGAACUUUCUUAUUACCAAAUAUAGGAGUGCUAAAGGGAACAAUAAAUCAGGAGAAUCUAAUUUAACGAGGUUGAGACAAAGAGUAUUAGAUGUACUAUAUUUCUGGGUGGAAGGAUUUUAUUCUGUAGAUUUUGACGACAACUCUGACCUGAUUGAUACACUUCAAAACUUUCUGGAAGAAGCUGGCAUCAAGCCAUCUUCUGAAUAUGAGGAGCCCUCCUUACAAGAUUUACUGAACAGUUGUUUAAUUGGACAGAAUAUAGACCUUUCUUCAACAGCCACAGAGGAUAAUAUUCAUGUCUAUAAACCAGGGACACAGAAAAAGGACAAUAGUGAAGAACCUCAGUGGGACACCCUUAAAUCAGUGGUGAAGUCAAAAUCUAACAAGUCUGUACUACCUCAUGUAAAACCAGGGCCAGUAAAGCCACAUAGACGUGGAAGUGUUGAUCUAGAUUUGAAAUUAUCCCGGAGAACAGAGAAUUUUACCUUAGCUGACUAUACUCCUCAGAAAUUGGCAGAACAGCUGACAUUGAUAGAACAGGGACUAUUCCAGCAAACUCAUCCUGUACAUUAUUUAAACUCCAAGUCGCAGGGAGUAGGAGUAUCAUUAACGUUAGCCAAGUCUAGAGCACCCUCUACUUUCAAGUUGAACAGUCCUGCUAGUGAAAACCAGACUGAGUAUAACUUGUUUGUAUGUGACAUCAGAAAUGAAUCUAACAUGCAGCAGAUGAUUGAGUUCUCUAACCAAGUUUCUCAUUGGGUGGCUGCUGAAAUAGUCAGCUGUUCCUCUGUCAAGAGCCAGACAGCAGUAUUAAGUAAGCUGUUAUUUACAGCCCAGACUUGUAAGGAUAUGAGAAACUAUGCCACAUGCAUGUCAAUCUUAGAAGGCUUGGAAAACUUAGUCAUCAAACAGUUACCAAUAUGGAAAAAUCUGUCUGCCAAGUGUGUUGCAGUAAUGGAGGAGCUUACCACUACAAGGAUCUUCCUGAAAAGUGAUGUAGGAUCAUUGUUGAGUAACAAGGACAGCCACAUGUAUCCCACAAUCCCAUCAGUGGUGCUUCUACUGCUACAUAUACAGCAGUGUGAAAUAGGAGGAUUUAAACUGGCAAAUGGAAUGUAUAAAUGGAGUAAAAUGAGAUCUAUUUGCAAUGCUAUUGAUCAAGUCAGGAUAUUUAAGAACCAUUUAUAUGGAUUUGACCCAGAAAUUGACCUACAGGAAGUACUUGUUCAGAGAAUGAAGGAGUUCUGUGACCAGGAUGUUCAUCAGAUUGCAGCUCAGCAUGAUACAAAUUAUCAUAGAAUGUCUAGUGGUGGAAUUGUUGGUGCCUUCCGUAAAAUGAAAGGAAAACUACAAUCAAAAUAAACUGCUGAAAAGUUGAGACUGCCUUAUCAAAAAUGCUUCAGAAAAUGCCCAUUUUAUGUAUGUCAAUGGAGUAGAAACAAUAAUUAUUAAGAAACAUGUGAAUGAAAUUUUAACAAUUAGUUUAAAAUCCAUCCUUCAGGACAACUGAUAUAUUUGUCUCAAGGAAAAAAAUGUGCCAAAUUCCUGUGAAGAUCAUGUAGUGCUGAUUAUUUAGAUAUUAUUAACUCUUAACAACUCAGUUAACAGUAUUUUAGAUGUAAAAUGAAGAUAAAAGUACUUUUUAACAAUGUAUGAUAUAAAUUUUAGAAAAAUUAAGUAGUUCAGAAAUACGUAUUAGUGUUACAGAGGUCCAGCACUUUACCUAGAUUAAUUAUUGAGAAAAUAUAAAGCACUUUCAUGACUGGAAGCAUUAUAUGAUGUUCCAAUUGUCUUCCUUAUAUUCAACAAAUCAAAUGGCUUCAAUAUUAAUGUAAUGUAUAUCAAAAUCCAGGAUCAAGAUAUACUUCCAAAUGACAUUAAAUAUUGUGAUUAAAAGAACCAAUAGUGAAUUAUGGGGACUUUAUUUCCCUUUAUUAUGGAAUGAUCAUAUUGUGAUUAAGGUAUUUUUAAUAUUUUUUAAUUGCCUUUUACAAAAAUAGGGAAUACAUUUCAUGGCCAAAGAAAAGACUUUUCUAUUGUUGCCAUCUUAUUUUGUUCAUUACUAAUGCUUUUUAAAACCUACCCCUUGAAAAUUAGUUUCAACGGAGUGGUUUAAUAUAUCGCAAAGUAAACUGGUUUAUAUAUAUUUCAAGGAAAUGUCAGAAGGAGAGAUAAUCGCUUUCAUAAGACUCUUUUAUGCUGCUGAAAGUUUAAUCAGUGAUAUUUUAGGUUGUAUAUUUAUUAGAAAUAUAUUUUGUACAAAAAUCCAUAUUUUAUUAUUGCAAUAUAUAGAAGUUUGUGAUACACUGUAUAUACUUUUUACACAUCUAUGUUUACAUAUAUAUAUAUUUUAUUAUAAAUAGUUUUAUGAUAUUAUUUUUAUAACUUUAUAUGAUCUUAUAUCAUUCCAAUAACCUUUUUUUCCUAACAAAAUGGUAUUUUUUUUACACAAUUUUUUGUGUGCAUCAUUUUAUUUUAUAUUUUCUUUUAAAAAGAUGUAUGAAUUGUUUGGAAAUAAGUCUGUUCAAAAGUAUUUCCAAAAUAAGAUAUAUUCUAUGGCAUUUUCAAUAAUUUAAUCCAGCAGAUUGAGACUUGGCAAUUUUAUUAUUUUAUAUAUGGUAUGUGUUAUGAAAAAUGUUGUACUAAAGUUGUAGUCCAUAUGAGAAUCAUACAAGAUCCAAAUUUUGUGAUAUGUUUCAUGAAAGGCUACACAUUUGUAUUUUUGUCAAUCAGUUAAGUAGAUUUACAUGACUGGAAUUAGUAAUAUUUUCCAUUAACUGCCUCACCAGGAUAUUUUUUCAAAUAUUUUAAAGGAUUGGAGUUAUCUCCCUUAAUCAGAUUUUUUAAAUUUGCAUUUUAAAGAAUUAAAGUCUUGUAGGGUUCAUAUUAUAAAUUAUAUAUGAAUUUCAAAAUCCUUUAUAAUCCUAAAAUUUGAAUUGUGACUUUUCACCCAUGAAUCACAUUGAGUAUGAAUCUAAUAAGGACUAGUACUUGAAAUUUAAAAUUGUUAAUAAUAAUCAAAUGUCUAAUUAAAAAUAUAUAUAUUUUAUGUUUAUUAUAUUUAUAUACCUACAAAGUUGUUAAACAGGGUUGUUUGCUUGCCCAUAGAUCUGCUAAUACUAAACUGUGAUAUUGUGUAUUAUAGUAUAUUUAUUUAUUGUUUAUUUUAUAAUUUUAUAUUCUGCUGACGUUCUUUUAUAACUAUGCAUUUAUAGAACAUACAGGCAUUUAUUAAUUUGUUGACAUUUAUAUUCUAAAAAUAAACUUGUACAAGUUGUAUUGCAUUACUGGUAAUAUCAUCAAAUGAUAUACCAUUUUAUAUUCUAGGAUUUAAACUAUCAAUAUUCUAUUUUGUGUUACCAUUCAAUUUUAGAUACAUGGGAAACAAAAGACAGAAAACCACUGUAUAUUCAUGAAAUUAUGAUGAAUAUUUUUCAAUCUUUUAUAGCUGAUAAAUUUCAAAACAUCGAGGGGUUAUUGGUUUUUUUUUAAGAAAAUUUCUGUCUUGUUUAAAAAUGUAUGAAAGUUAUUUUACAUAUCAUAUUACAACAUCUAAUGACUUCCACAAAUAAGUAUACCUUGAAUAAUCAAAUAUACCUUUAUAAUACCUGUAUCUUAUCAGUAUAUCAAUAUGUAUUUUGGACACACUGUCGGCUUGUAUUUGUUAAACUUUAUUGAUUAUUUUCUAAAAAUGAAAAUAAAAUGUUUUUGAAAA